GGAGCGCGUUGGGCUGGGGGACAUCCAUUGCGUUAGCGAACUAACGAGCGAACCUUUGAUUUCAUUGGUACUGACGACUGGGUUGGUUGGUUGGUUAAUGGUUACAUCUUAUCAGGGCCUCACUACGAACCAGUAGUGAUCAGUAAUCAGUAAUGCUGCUCUCCUUUCUACGCGUCUCUCUCCUCCCGAAUCCAAUCUCCAACACCUCCACCCCCUUCUCUCCUCAACCCAGGCCUCGUCAUCUCUCUGCCAUCUCGCUCCGGCCCCGCUGCUCCGCCGCGCACGACGUCGUCGUUGAAGCGGACGGCGGCGUCACCCAGGUGGAGGAGCUUCCGGCUGGGCUGCGGAGGGAGUUGUUGCCGGAGCACGUGGCUGUGGUCAUGGACGGAAACAGGAGGUGGGCCCAGGAGAGAGGCUUUCCGGUUGGGUCGGGUUACGAAGCGGGUGUGCGGGCCCUGAGAAGGCUACUGGAGCUCUGCUGCAGGUGGGGAAUUAGGGUUCUCACGGUGUUCGCGUUCUCCUCCGACAACUGGUUUCGACCCAAGAUGGAAGUGGACUUCUUGAUGAGUUUGUUUGCAAGGGGACUAAAAGAUGAACUAAACAACAUCCUGAGGAAAAACAUUCGGCUUUCAAUUAUUGGGGAUUCUUCCAAGCUUCCGGUGUCCCUAAAAGAACUGAUAGCUGAUGCUGAGCAGAGGACAAAGAAUAAUUCAGGACUCCAACUGAUUGUAGCAGUUAGCUAUAGUGGGAAGUAUGACAUUGUGCAAGCUUGCCGAAACAUUGCAGUGAAGGUUAAAGAUGGUCUUGUUGAACCCGAAGACAUCAAUGAAUUUUUGAUAGAGCAAGAACUGCAAACAAAUUGUACAGAGAUGCCACAUCCUGACCUACUUAUACGGACCAGUGGUGAGCUGAGAGUAAGUAACUUCUUACUGUGGCAGUUGGCAUAUACUGAGCUAUACUUCACAGAGUCACAUUGGCCUGAUUUUGGGGAAUCGGAGUUUGUAAAGGCUUUACAAUCAUUUGAGCAAAGGCAGAGACGAUAUGGAAGAGUAGAUUCUUGAAUAUGAUACCAACAUACCAGGCUUGUAUUCACUGUAAAGCAGAAUGCAAAAAUUGACUUAGACCGCACUCAUUUGGAUGCAGAAGCAUAGGUGUCAAGGGUCCUGCUUUCAUAAUCCAUUUGACAGAUAAGAGUUACAAUUGAGAAGCUGCAUGUCCAAUCGUGUGCAAUUUACAGUUGCUGCUCACCGAAAGGUGGGUCCCCUUUUGGAUAAGAUUAAACAGGUAUUGAAGGAUUAUUGAAAGAAACUGGGCCUUGGAGUUACGCAGCAUAAGUGCUAUGUUAAUUGAGUAAUUGCCUAAGAAUGACUUUAAAGGAUAUCAUGGAGAACUCACUUGUCCAGCCGAGUUGAGUUCCUGGAAUGGUUUGAAAACCAAUCCAUCAGAAAGUAUAAAGUCUUCUUCCAGAGGCACUUUCAAAUCAUUAUGGCUAACAUCUUCUUUAGUAGGACUCAUUUCUCAAGUUUAAAGGCUCUACACAGACUUUCCUCAGACCUACCACUUCUUGUAAGUGCUUGGCAAAACCGUCUAAGCCAAUUCAGUGAUGAAAACAUUUCCAUCCGCCAAGGAAGUAAAUUAUUUCUGCAAUUGCUAUGCUUGUUAACACCGUUGCUAUGUUCGAUGCCAGUCGGCCAGUGUUGCUGUUUUAAUAAUAUUUUC